AUGAACAUGUUGGACGUAGAAAACGACAGCUUUCACGUCACAUGUGAAGGCCACUCCCAUCUGAGUGACUCAGAAUGGGAGGUAGUCGGCCGCGUGAGUGUGCUCAUGGGCGAAUCCGCCAUCAGUGGCAUGUUGAAGUCUCUGAGCAGAGACCAGCAACAUGCUGCUAUCAGCAAGUUCAUACAAGGGGAACUUGCCGUCGAAAGACAGAAGAUAGCCUUGCUACUACAGCGAGGCUCUCAUCAGUCGAUGGGCGGGCCGACGCACAUGCGUCGACUCGAAAUCUUGAAGACUGAUAUCUCAAGGUACAAGGGAACCGAUGAAUAUUCACUUUUACUAUGGUUCGUCGAGUUAGACGAUGCCAUCAGGGCCCGUCACAUCGAGGGUGACGAGAUGCAAGUCACCUUCGCCCUGUCAAAUUUGACAGGACGAGCAAAGACUUGGGCCUUAGGGUUCAAGCUUCACGACCCAAACGUGUUUGAAUCACUGGAGAUAUUAAAUUCUCGACUUAAAGAGACGUUUGAGCUGCCGAGAGCCGAGUGCAGAGCACGCUCUGCACUCUUGAGGCUAAAGCAAGGUAAGCGUGACGUAUACGCUUACGCACAGCACCUGCGCUACCUUGCGAGUAGCGUUACGGAAAACCCUGUUGAUGAGCACACGCUCAUCAACGUGUUCAUCUACGGCCUUGUAGAUGGACCGGUGAAGACCUACAUGUUCCGAGAGGACUUCCAUGCGCUGGAAAGGGCGAUAGCGUAUGCGGAACAAGAAGACGUCAUUCUGAGACAGUCUCAGGCUAACUCGUCAAACUAUCGUCCGAAGAGGCGACGUAUUCCGGCGCCAGUUUUGCGCACAUCUUCACUUCUCCCGCGUCCAAUUUUGAUACAUCGCCACUUAGAUACUUCUUGA